AUGCCAUACAACACCAGAAGAAAGUCGCUGUCCCUCUCCGAGCUCGGUAUCACUGUCCCUAAGCGCUCGCGAGCUUCUUCGCAAACACGACCCUCGCCGCCAGCCACCGUCAUCGAUGAUGAGCCCGUCACCAAGAAGCCCAAGCGGUCGCACGACUCACUGUCGCCUCCUCCGGCACUCAUGAGCCCUCCCAAGACAAAAACCUUGUCUAUUCGUACAGAACCACCAUCCCGUCUGGCCGAGCACACUCCUCCACCAUCACCCGGAACUCAGACUGUGCACACGAUUGAUACCGAAGGCAUCAGCGAUGAUGUCGUUGUCGCAACCAUCAAACAGCUGGAAAAGACGGGCAACAGGCCGCAUCUUGUCAAGGAAUUGGCUGCAGUCUUGUGCCACUGCAUAGGCGCGGUGGAGAAGUCUGCCAACCCUGCCAACUUGAUCUCGUCGCGUCUCACCAGCUACCUCAACCGCGCUUGGCCCGCCGUCAGCCCUUGUCCGCUGGCCAAGUACCAGUCCCAAGUUCACCCUCGCCCGCUGUACUAUUUUUUGACCACCCAACCCCACCAACCCAUUCCUGAGCUUUCCCAAUCUCACGACAUUCCCGCCGCCCGUCGCAUCAUCACUCCCGCUCUCUCGUCCGCCGCCGAUGACGAAGACGAGAAAUACAGCAGAACACGUGCUUCGCUUUCUCCCGAAGUCGACUUAUCCAGCCCUGAGCUCGACGAACCCCCACAUGGUGACAUUGGCUCUACCUUCCACCCUCGUCAUUCGCUCUCGCGCGAUCAUCCUCCUACGACCUCCAACCUGGCCCACAACCGCCGUGCCGAUAGUCCCCCUCUUGAGCUCGAGGAGCGCGACUUCAAGCAGACGGCAAACGCUUUGCAAGAGCUGCGUCGCGCCAGCCAGGAAAUCAUGCCCAAGGCCAUCAAGGUCGAGGAUUCCGAAACCAUUGCCAUGUCAGUCGAGUCGGACGAGACCCAUGUCGAGACCACUGAAGAUCUCUUCGACGGACACGACCACCUCUCCUCGUCCGUGAGCACCCUCUACGACCUCAGCAGCCCUAUGUUGAGACCUCAGGGCUUCUACGACCUCAAGUCGCAGCAAGCUCCAGAAUGGAACACCGAGAAGAGGGUCUCAAUCGACGCCAUGUCCCUCGACGAGCAAGACGAUGAUGACAUGGACAUGUGGAAUGACUUCCGCAGCCCUGAGAACAUUGAUCUCGAUGAGCUCGAAUGCCUCCUUGACGCCUACUAA